UUCAAAAACUACAGCAAUGGACAUGUCUCACCAGUGAAUUUUGUGAGUGCUAAAGUAGCUGUGAGCUAAGUUAAUGCCCACUGUGACACGGACCUCACUUAACUGAAGCUCAGAGCAGGCACUGCCUGCCUAAUCCUGGAGAUUUUCUCUGGCCGAGCUUUGCUUAUGGCUAUGAGAUGGGCAUACAAAACUUUUGGCAAGCACUUCUGAACGAGAUAUCUAUCUAUUUCACCAGUUUUAGAAAAAAGUCAACGCUAUAUGAUUUCCUUAAAAGUAAAAUUAGGAGUGUGUUGGAAGUUAGUACACUUUUGACUUCACAAGAUUUUCUAGAAUCCUGGAUUUUUCAGAAUCAGUGGGUGGCAAUCAUCCUUAUAGUUUUUCUAAUCGUUACCUUUGAGGUAAUACUCACAAAAGUGUGGACAUACUUUCAGAAAAAGACUGUGCCUCCAAAAAAGGAAUGCUCAUGUUCAUUUUCCCAGAAGAAUGAAGACAGUCACCAGGAAAGGACAAAAUUUGGUGUGAAGCAUUGUGGAGAUGUUGUUCAUGCAGGAAGUAGAACUAAUGUCUUUUCAGGAAGAAUUACUUCAGCACUUACAUCUGAACAAAAUGAAGAUAACUUUGAAGAUACAAAUUUAUCGUCCAAUGAAAUGAUACAUGCAGGUAACAGUGAAAGUGAACAUCAAGCAAGUCAUGUUAAUAACUUUUCUUCAGAUUGGAUCAGCUCAUCUUUGUCAUCACUUCACUCAGAAUCAAGAAAAUAUUUUCUAAGCCAUAGACAGCACCCAGAAAAUGAAUAUGAAACAAUACAGUUUUCCCCAAAGGAGUUAUUUUCACUAAUGAAGACUAACAAAAAGAAAAAUUCAAUAUCUUUUGAUUUUCUUUUUUUAAAAAUUUCUGAAUUCACAGUGGCAAAUGAAGAUCUUGAUGAGACACCAGGCCCUCCUGCUCAUUUACUUCUUACUGAAGACCAAGUUAGACUUCUGGAAGAAAAUGUGAACAAUAAAAUUCCUUCAAAAUCUAAAGCUACAUUAAAAAAGGAAGCUCCUAAUCUAUGCUCAAGAUCUCAAGAGCCCCUCAUUCAGAAUGAACAUUCUGUUGAAAUGAUUAUUUCUGCCCAAGCACAAGAUUCUUUUCCAGGACAGAAUACUAUUCAGAAUGAAGGGUUUUAUGAAGCUCAAUGUACCAGUCAAGCCCAACAAUUUAUUCAGAACCAAAACUCAGUCAACAGGCAGCCUGAUACCACAGGCAGCUGUUUUGUUCAGCCUCAAGAGUCAACAAGUAAAUCAUUUCCUAUUGGCACAGAAGAUUCAGUCCAGGCCCACGAUAUGGAUAGGAGCCAACAGUUCAUCACAGCCCCAUAUUGUGUUGAGAAGAAAAAUGUAAUCAAGGGCCUAGAAUCUGAUGAGAACUUACAUGAAGCCCAACAUUCUGCCCAGUUUGAAGUUUCAGGCAAGAUGAAACAUUCAACUAAGGGACAAAGCACCGUAUGUGAGAAUGCUGAGUUUGUAGUUUUACUUGUUAGUCCUAAUUUAGUUGCUGUAGAUGUGUCAAAACUAGUUACUUCAUCAAACUUAAAUCAGCAUUCUGUGUAUAUCUCAAUGCCUCUUUCACCUACCACUAAGGGGUUGAAAAACAGAAGAAAAACACCAAAUAAUAAAAGCAGACUCAGGCUUAAAGUUCCAUCUAUAAAAGCAAAGAAAACACCAUGUUGUCAGCUAUUUCGAGUCAAAGCUCAUCACCCUUUAAAAAAUAAUGAAUUAGGAUGCAAGAACGACACUGAAAAGCAAGAAUUACAACAAAGGAAAAGUAAAACAGAUACAGAGUUGCAUCUUAUUUCUGUAUCUAAGCUUAUUACUCCUCACAUGAAAAAGCAUUUCAGAAAAAAACUAGCAAAAGUUAUGACAAUAAAGUGUGGAUUUUUUCGGCAGAAGCAAAAUAAGUUACACGAUACAGAGAAAAUCAAUUUUUCAGAUUCUACUGAGCAAGGAACCUCAGGCAUUAUUAAAAGUAUAAAAGAGUAUGACAAAGAAAGUAAACAAUUAAACGUCUUACCAGACAUGUUACAUCAGAUAGAACCGUCUUUCACAGUCAUUGCUAAUGACCUAAAAGCAUUUAGUUGCUCAUUAUUAGAAACAAACUGCAAGAAGAAAGAGUCUCCUAAGGAUCCGAGUAAGCUGGGUCUUGGUCUGCACGUUCCAAAGCAUGCGAUGCUUUCAGAAGUUACAUCAGAACCUAAGCACAAACUUGUGUCACCUCCCCAGGUGAAACCAAACAAAAGAAUGGAAACACAGAAGGACCGACAAAGCACAGCAGAUCCCUACCCACGAUUCUUAGAUGAGGAGGACUUAUCAUCUGUUGCACCAUGUAAACAAAGGUGCUUUCCAGUUAGAAAGGCAAGGAAGGCACAAAUUUCAAAGAUAUUUAAUAUUCCAUGGUGUGGUCAUCACAGACAUUUACCACCAAAAGCCCUGAAAGCACAGACUAUUGAAUUUUUAAUAUGCUCUGGGAUCCUACUUGAUAGGUUUCAUAACACUGUAGUGGAUGAUGCAGUAACAGAAAGAAGGAAAGGAUUAGCACAAGAAUUACCAGCAACAAUUCUGGAGUCCUUCAUUUUCUCCAAACUUAUUUCACCUGCAUCUGAAAUAGAGAGAGACAUAUUAGAAUGUAUGGACAAGACACAUAAAAUGAACCCCAAACAUGUAACUUUGAAGGCGAAGAAGGCAAAGACAGUUAACAUCACAGGAUGUGAUAUAGGGAAUCAUCCAAGUCAUUUAAGAUGCUACUCCAAAACCAAAAUGAAACAAAGAAGACUUAUGGCAGAUAUAUUCCUAAACCCAAAUUCAUCAUCUUUGAUGGUAUCCCUUAACAUGAAAGUGUGUAACAGAAUAAUAGUGACAGAUAUGCUAAAAAGAACAGAAUCACAGAAAGGUGUCUCUCUACAUUUCAAUGUAAAGCCAUGGGAAACAAAGCAAUCAAAUGUAACCAAUAUUCCCUUACAAUCAAAUAGACAGAAAUUAGACUUUUCAAAAAAAUUAAGGGUAAAGCAACCGAACAUUUAUAAACAGAAUGAAGAAACUCUUUUGAAAUCUGUCUUUUCUUGCAUAAGGCAUCAGCUUAGUGUUGAAACUCCAAAAAAAAAAAAACAAGUCUCAUCAAAAGCAAUCUUAAAAUCAAAAAUUUCAAACAUCACAGUAAAGAAAGCAUCAAAUAAAGUUGGUGUUCCAGAAGAUAAACUUCCAAAUGCAAAGGGAACUGAUCUACAAAUUAGAGGAAGAAAAGAACAUCAACAAAAAAGUACAGGCAUGACUCUUGCAACAUCUGCUACAAACCCUCCAAUAGAUAUGUAUCAGAUUAUAUCCUCCUUGGUAAAGAAAGUGGUAAAGAAGUUAGAUAGUCAGGGGUACCACACUUUAAAUACAGAAAAGAGAGAAGGGCAAGACAUAUGUUUACAUAAAACUCUUCCAAAGCCCACAUCUCUCUCCAAAGCAGAUCCACUUCAGACUAAUAUGUCAAUGCAACAAGUAAAAGUAGGUGCCAUAAACACUACACAUUGGGGCUAUUUCACUUCACAGAAUAGAGACGCAUUAAAACAAGUGUAUGUUAUAGAUGGACAUACUAAAAUAAUUAAAAAAGGAACUGAAUCAAAGCAUCUGUCAGUUUCCUAUAAGAACACUGAGGGAUAUAUAUCUUACCGCCCAAGUUGUCUACAUCUCCAGCCACAUUUAAUGUGUCAGAAAAAACAAGCAUUCUCAGCAUCAAGCAAUGUGUCAAACAAGACAAAAACACCAGACUUGUUUCCUAAAGAUCAUCUGAGUGCUGAACAUAAAUAUGGAUGGGAAUCUAGUGUGUCUCCAGUUACUCCAAGGCAACUGAAAAAACAAAAUGCAAUGCUGCUUUUAGAAUCAUCCAGUAAAAGUAUAAAAUAUGAGAAUCUUUUACUUUUAAAAGGAAAAAAGUCAUUAGAUGAGGCACAGGUAAUCAAGCCACUUUCAAAUGAUAGCUCACCCAACCUACCAGUUAGAAAGUACAUGGAAGUACAUAAUGAACAAAAAGAAGCAUAUCUACCUGGAAUAAUUUUAAGUUCUUUUUCUGAAUUUAUAUCUCUAUUGCUUGAAAGUAAAAGACAGGAGGGUAGCAUGAAACAAAAAGCUAUGAAAGACAAAAUAUGCCUCCCCAGAAGUGCUCUCACAUUGAAGAAUACAGUCAAUGCCCCUGACUGUGCUGACUCAGUCAAUGGGCUCACACUGCAGUGUGACAUAAAAGAGAAAAUGAUACAUAUGAAACAUAGAAAGAGUGAAGGAGGUUUGGUUAUGACAAAAGCAUAUGAGCCUAUCCCUUCUUUACCUCAACUCAAAAUGGAUAAAGAGACAAUCAAUGAGGUUUUCUCAAAUAAUGCAAAAAGAACAAAACAACAUAUAUCACACAAAGAAAAUGACAGUGCAAAACCAUUGGAAAUGAAAGGAAUAAUGGACCAUAACAUUACUUUCAAGGUAGAAAAAUCUUCACUGUCAUAUGCAUUCAGAAGAAAAGAAUUGCCUUUACUGUUGCACAGUAUAAAAAAAGAGAGGAAGGUGCAAGAAGGUAAAGGUAAAUCAGAGCAGAAACUGACACAUUCUUACAUUUCUUUGUCAUCUCUAUCAUGUCUUAAUUUGCAUUCAAGAGCAGAAGUAGGAAAAGAUAAGCCAAGAAUAUUAAAGAGCUGCCUUCUGCCAUCAAAAGCCUGGGCAUCAUCAAAUGUUAAAAGAGUAUCCUUGGCAGGGUUGGCUAAUCAAGAGAGUCUGUGCAAUGCACUAGAAUCAAAAUGUUUGCUCCAAAAGGAGGAGAAAGCUGAAGACAGUAUAGUAGAUGCGAAAGUUAUACUAGACCUCAUUUGUACCUCCCUGAAGAGGAAGAAUUCACCAUUUCAACAAAUACUGCAUGAAAAGAAACCAGAGUGGGACAGUGAAAAACAAGAGAUAGAGAUUGUGCAGAAGAAAGAAAAUAAUCUAGGUGUAGCUCAGAUCAAAUCCAGGGAUUUCAUCCCUCCUUCAACUCAUGUGGAAAGGGAUUCCAGAAUGAAUGAGAUAUUCAUAGAAGGAUUAAACCGGUUCUGUCUUCCAUCACUGACACUCCAGGAGUUGUCAGAGGUAACAAGUAAGCAGCCAGAGAAAGCAGACAGAAUAGGUGAAGAACAAGGGAGAGAGGAUGGAGAGGGAAAAGAACAAGGAAAAAUAGAUAAGAAAGGUGAAGAGAGAGUGGCCAGAAAAGUUGAAGAGAAAAGGAGAGUGGAUGGAGAGAGGAAAGAGCAAGGGACAAUAGACAGAAUAGAAGAGAAAGGGAAAAUGGACCUAGAGAGGAAAAAGCAAGGGAAAGUGGAUGGAAAAGGUGAAGAGCAAGAGAGAAUGGGUGGAGAAGACAAGCAGCAAGAGAAAGUGGACAAAGAGAGAAAAGAGCAUAGGAGAGGGGACAUAAAAGGAGAAAAGAAUGGGAGAGUGAUCAGAGAAGGAGAAGAGCAAGGGGAAUGGAUGCAGAGUGGAAAGAGCAAGAGAAAGUGGACAGAAAGCUUGAAGAGCAAGGGAGAGUGGAUGGAGAGAAGGAGCAAGGGACAGUUGAUGGAGAAGGGGAAAAAUGAAGGAAAUUGGAUGGAGAGAGGAAACAGCAACAGAAAGCAGAUAGAAAAGGUGAAGAGUAAGGGGGAAGGUGGAGAGAGGAAUGAGCAAGAGAAAGUGGACAGAAAAAGUGAAAAACAAGGGAACAUGGGUGGAGAAAGGAAAAAGCCAGAGAAAGUGGACAGCAAAUGUGACAACCAAGGGAGAAUUGACAGAGAGGGGGAAGAGCAAGAGGAAUCGAGCCAGGGAACAAAGAGCAAGAGAAAGUGGAUGGAAAACUUCAAGAGCAAGGAAGAGAGUAUAGAGAAAGGAAAGUGGAUGGAGCAGUUGAAGGGCAAGGGAGGGUCGAUGGAGAAAGGAAAGAGCCAGAUGAAGUGGACAGAAAAGUGGAAGAGCAAGGGGAUGUACAGAGAGAGAAGAGAGGAGAAAGUGGACAGAGAAGGUGAAGAACAUGGGGGUGUGGAGAGAGAAGAGAAAGAGCAAGAGAAUGUGGAGAGAGAGGGGGAAGAGGAAGGGAGAGUGGAUGAAGAGAGCAGAGAGCAAGAGAAAGUGGACAGAAAUGUGAAAGAGCCAGGGAAAGUGCAGGGAGUGAGCAAAGGGGAAAACAAAGUGAAUAGAACAGCAAAAGAGCAAGGAAAAAUUCAGGGAGUGAGAAAAGAGGAAGAGAAAGUGGACAGAAAAGUGAAAGAGCCAGAGAAAGCACACGGAGAAGGUAAAGAACAAGAGUGUGAAACUGGAGAAUGGACAGUGGACAGAGCAUUAGAGGAGGAAGAGAGAGUGGACAGAGAAGGUGAAGAGCAACAGUGUGGGGAUACAGAAUGGACAGUGGAUGGAGAGGUAGAAGAGGAAGGGAGCGUGGACAGUGAAGGUGAUGAGCAAGAGGGCGGGGACAGAGAAUGCACAGUGGAUGGAGAGUUAGAAGAGGGAGGGAGAGCGGACAGAGAAGGUGAAGAGCAAGGGAGAGUGGGUGAACAGAGGAAAGAGCAGGAGAAAAGAUGUGAAGAAGACAAAGAGCGAGUGACAGGGGAGCCAGAAUUUGAAGAUCAAAGUAGAGUGAAUGAAGAUGGUAGAAAGCAAAGGGAUACAGAAAAGGGUAAAACACAGUUUUUUGAGAAGAGCAUGAGGCACCCCAAAUGCACUUCUGGGAAGGCAAAAAAAUCACUCCUUUCCUUUAUUCUCAAAACAAAUAAACUGCAAAUAAAAAUUAAAGGGCAGAGUCGGGAAAGUGGUGAGAAAACACUUAUGCAUCUGAGAAAAACCUGUGGUUUUGUCACUUCAUUUAUCUCUGAGCUAGAGAAACUAGAAGAGGAUGAAGAGGAGAAGGAAGCAGAGCAGGAAGGAGAACAAAAAGGAAAAGGAGACUCAGGAAUAACGAGCAGCUGGGUGGCGCAUGCCGCCCUCCGGGAGUCACUGCCUUCCGCAUGUCCAGGGUCCACGGCCAGCUGUAUGUGGCACAGAAAACCGUGUUUACUGCGGAAAGAAGGCAGAGUCCAAACCUCGGGCACAGAUGGCUUGGUGCCGCCUAAUGGCGCGCUUAUCGUGGCAAGGCCAUCAGGAACUCCUUCUGUGCUCAUGACCAAGGAGCACAGUCCGCUGAGCGAGGGAAGAGAAUCACAGCGGAGCAUUAAAGGAAAAGUAGGAGAGCAGCAGGAAAGAGCAAGGAGUUGCGUUGGGGUUCUGACAGAAACUCAUCCUUCCGCGCCUGCUCCAGGUCAGCACAGCAUACUUCCCCAAAGCAAGGGACUGAGAGCAGAGGUGUCUCACAUGGUGCAUCUCUAUAGGGUGAAGACACCACUUGUGAAUAUAAAAGAGUGUGGGAAAGGCCGGCAGGUAGGGAAGAGUGAACCAGAUAUAGUUCUGAGGAAAACUGCCCUCUUUCCUUCUCUCCCACCUUCCUUGAAUUGGGACAGUGGAGCGAGUGCAAAGGAAGUUACGGGAGGAAGAAUGCAAUUCUGUCUGAAAUCGUUAAAUAUUCAAAGUGCAUCAGAUUCAGGUGAAAAGGCAUGUUCCAAGUUCAGCAACAGACGAGAACCAAUGCUAUCUAUAGCACAAGAGAAAGAAAAAGAUGGACUCACAAUAGAUGGGAAAGACAAAAUGCUCCCCAAAUGUGUGGAUCCAAAGCUAAAGAAAUUACCACUGUCACAUACACUCAAUGCCCGGGAAUUGCCGUGGAAAACCAAAGAGCUUAGGAGGAAGAUGCAAGAAGAUAAAAAUGAACUAAUGACAGAUAUGGCAAACAGAAUUAUAAAAUUGUGUCUCUCACAAAUGCAGUCUAAGACAUCACUGGAUACAGGGACAACAGCACCUUCAAAAAUGACAGAUGCAGAAAUUUCAAAUUACACAAAAGAAUUUAAAAAACACGUCACAGGAAGAAAGGAAAAGUACAGACAAAGUUACGAGGAUGAAGACAGAGUGGAUCCCAAGGAUAUAUGUUUGAUGACAGAGAAAUCACCUACUUUACAUAGACACAAUUUAAAUGACCUUCAGUGGAAAACUAAAGAGCAAGAGGAAAAAGUUCUGGAAGAUAAAAGUGAGCCAGCUAUAAUGCUGACUAAGACUUCCACUGUGAGAUCUGCUCUAUUCUUUAAUGUGAAUACCAAAAUCAAGGAGGAAAGUAAACCAGUGUUUAUAAAAUCCUCUUUUUCAAAACUAAACUUCCAGGGAUCAUUAGAUCCUAAAGGAGGCAUGAAUAUAAAAUCAUUUACUAGUGAUAUUUUAAUCAAGGUACAAAAUGGAAAACAACAUAUGCCACAGAACCAGGAAGAGUAUGAAGCAUAGAAAGAAAAGCAUGUCGUGUCUCCCAAACAUCAAGAAAUGAAGGUGCAGGAACAUCGACAUGAACCGGGUGUGGUUCUGACCAAAUCGACUUCAUUAGCACCACUUCUUCACCUCAGACUGGAGAAAGAUGCAGAUUUACGUGCUAAAGUGCCAAGAUGGUCAAGGUCUGCUUUGCAGACAAUGUCAGAUGCAAAGGAAACAAUACCCACAGAGUCAAUUGGUAAUGAUAUCAUGAAAGAUAUUAAAACCAAAAGUGGUCUGCCUCAGAAAGAAGAGAUAGAUAGAAAAAAAAUAGACAGGAGAGGAACAGAUAUGACUUUGAAAUCCAAAAAAUUACCUCCUUCCUCUAAGCUCUACAGAACAGAACUGUAUAUGUGUAUUAGCAGACACAAAGGAAAAGAACAUGAAGAUCAAGGUAAACUGCGGGAUGUAAUGGUUCUGAGAAAUGUUAAUGUUUUUGAACCUUCUCCAUUUCACCUUAAACUGGAUGAAAGUAAACAAAUAGAUGAAGAGAGGCUUGGAAGUAAAACAUCUUCCCCUCUGCCAGUACCACUUUCAGCAUUAUCAGUUGCAAAGAAAAUAGCAGACACAGAGGCAAUGAAUAGCCAUGUAAGAAAAAGAAACCAGCCUAUGUCACAGCAAGAAAGAAGGGGUGAAGCUGCCAUGGUAGCUGUGAGGAUUGGGGUACGUUGCCAAGUGCCAAAGAUUUCAUCAGUUUUGCAUAUCCUUAAUGCAAAGGAAUGGUCACUGAAUUUGCAGGUGCUGGAGAAAAGAAUGCACAAAGAUAAAGGCGAGCAAUGUGUGAUUAUGACAAGGACUUUUCUUUCCAUACCAUCCAUACCUCCCAUUAAUCCGAAUUCAAGGAAAAAAGUAGACAAAGCUAUGGCAGCAAUUACAGCAUCCUCUUCUCCACAGCAAAGCGGCCAAUCAUCUCAUGUCCAGAAAUCAUCACGUGUGCAGAGAACAGCCAAUCGAGAAUCAGUGGAAGGUGAUGGUAAAAACCUUGAUAAAAAAGCAGAACACAGUGUGCCCCACAAAGAGAAGGAGCAACUGCGGACUUCAAACUGCAUGGUCACUGCCCAGCAAAGAAUUGAACAUUUACAAAUUGAAUCAGAAAGAGAUGUGAAUUCACAGCAUGUGAACAUUUAUUCCACUAAAUCUGGUAUCAGAAGUGGGGGAAGGCUGGAAUUGCAUUUCACUGGACAAAAAUCUCAGCAAGAAAAACAUGAAAAAGAACCUUUUGUUAUAUUCCCCUGUACAGGGGAUAAAAUAGGUGAAAAUCUGAAGAAAGAAACCAAACUAAUGGAUAAUUUAAAACAAACAGUAAGUCCUGAGGGUUCAGUUUUACUUUUACGACUCAAGAAAACACUGAAGGAACUGCAGGUUGCACUUAGCACCUCUGAAAACUCAAAAGAAUUCUCUGUUUUAGAGAAGGAUGAUCAUGGAUCACCCGCAAAAGCUUUAGAAAAAAGAGAAUGUCUUCUACAAUUGCUUCAGAAGACCCUUCAUCAACUCCAGCCUUUGCUACUUCAAUCAGUACACCUGGCAGAAACAGACAAAAUGAACACAAACAUCACAACAAAUGUGGAACAGAAAAAAUUAGAAAAGGACAAUAACGGUGUGGUGAAUCUUGAAGAAAGGAAAUUGCAGCACAAACCUUUAACACAUUUUACUCCUGAAGAACAAAAUAAGCUCAUUAAUCAUUUAGAGUCAAAAGCAGUUGAAAUAAAACUAAAUCAGAUACCAGAGAUGGCAAAAAAUUACACACAAAAGUUUAGCUUUUAUCUAAAGCAAGCUACUUUUGAAGAAUACCAACAGAGACUCUACCCAAGACUGGAAAAAAAGAGUAGGUUCCCAUUAUGGUCUCCAACUCUUCAAGUAGACUCAAUGAAAGGAAAAGAAAAACUUCUUAUGCACUUUUCUGUGAAAAUAUUGGAGAUAAAAAUGAAUGCCUUUUCCAGAAUUGUAAGAGAAUCUUAUGCGAGGAUCAAUGUCCCUGAAAAAAUGAAACUUUUACCUGACUGUAUUCAUUCUGCUGUCAAAAUACCAAAACAAAAAAACAGAAUCCUGUUACUCUUUGAUGAAAAAUCUCUUGAUGAAAUAAAUCUUAAUUUACAACACAAAUACCUCCAUUAUCUCCUGGGCUUUACUGCUGAAAGUACAUUCCCUAAGCCAAAUGCUUUUCCAAAACAUCUCUAUGAUUUAAAUACAGCUUGCUUAUGUAAAAAAGCAGAUGACAGUGGAGCAAACUGUUCUCUUUCCCAUAACACAAAACUAUUAGAGGAACACAUUACUUUCAAAAAGCAGUGUCUCCAUGAAAACUCAUUACUCUUCAGCAAAGGACCAGAGCCAACUCCUGAGUGUGCCUUUAGCCCUGGUCUACACAAUAGGGUACAGGAAGACACUAGCAUUCUUUCAGGGUUAAAAUCCUAUGUGACACUAGAAAAAGAUAAACUAUCAAGUAUCAUCUCAAGAAACAAAUACAUAUAAUCUUUUGAUAUAAACACCCAGGAAAAUGCUACUGGUUUUGAUGAUUCACAAUCAAGAAAGAUACCUGAUAACUUCACUGAUACUCUAAUAGAUACUGAGAAUUCAGUUAUGUUGGAGGAGUGCAUGGCUCCUGAAGUAGAUGACAGUGAUGCAAGUAUAUUUUUAGAAGCCAACACUUACUUAAGUCGUGAGUCACAAAAAAUUCUAUAUGAAGUACAGAAUGGCAUUCCUCCAACCAAUCUCUUCGCCAUUAAAGACAUCUUACCUUAUCUGAAAGCAUUUAACAAUAAAGAUUCAGGUUCCCCUCAUAUUAGAGCCUGUAGAAAACACACCCGGAAUAUAGCACCACCGUCCUUUGAGUCUUACAGGAGGAGGAACCAUAAAUCACCCUCCAAAAUGCAAUCACCCGACUGGCGUACUUCCUCACAUAAUCUGGACAUUCAGCCCAUGUCAUCUUGCAUGUCAUUCAGUGAAGAGAGAUUUUCAUGGACUACAGGCAGUGAAACACAUUUCUAUUUAUUAAGUAUUAAAGUACAUGUUGCAAAAAACCAAAGCAAGUCUCACAUGUACCCUCAAAGCAAAAAAAGAAAGAACCCCAGAUCUAAUUUACCUAGAAAGAGAAACAAACACUGGGACUAUGAUUCUCAUUACUGCCACACACACAGCAAAGGCAAAAGCACAAGAAAGAAUGAAGUGUGUGAUUAUGAGUCAGAAAAGCUAGAUUACUCCUACUUCCAACAUAAGCACAGGUCAACAUCAAAACCUCAUCAGGAGGAAAUCCACUACCAUCCUGGAAAAAUCCGAAACAAGCCCUUCAUUUAUGCUUGUGUAAUAACAGAGUCAAUGGAUGAGAUACCUAAGACGAUACGUUGGAAUAUUCCUGCAGACAUCUUAGAAACAAACUUUAGAGUGCCCCAGGUGGCGAAGAUGUCUAACAAGUGGAAUAUAUGGAGCUUGGCGAGAAACUCAGAGUGGUUUGAGGGUCAUUGAGCAUAGACAAUUAAAGUUGAUAUGCCUCCAAAGGUUCCUCUGAA